UGAGGUUUUUUGGGUCCCCAACACCACCGUGACUCGGGCGGGCUAUGUCAGGGUUUGAGCUAGCGCCGGUGGACGGGGGCUGCCCCGUGGUGUUGCCGCCCGGGGAGACCGUGAUAGGAAGAGGUGCCCUCUUGGGAAUUACAGAUAAAAGAGUAUCCAGGAAACAUGCCAUUUUGAAAGUAGCAGGCAACCAACUUAGCAUCAAACCGGUGCACAUAAACCCUUGCUUUUAUCGGCCAAAUGAAAAUGGUCAACUGUUGCCAUUGGACACAGAUAAAUGGCACCAGCUCAGCUCAGGUGACAGUUUUUCCCUGUUGGUAGACAAAUAUGUCUUCAAGAUUCUCUUCUCUCCCUCAGAAAGUCUGCAAAGGAAAAACUGCAGCCAUAAUGUAGAAGACAUGUCAGAUCAAAUUCCUGCAACACUUCAGUCCACAAAGAUGCCACACAGACAACCUGCAGUUCAGGAAAUUAAGUUUUCCAGUAAGAGCCAAUUUCUGGAAGGAUAUGCAGUACUAGAAAAAGCAACUGAAAUCCCAAACAAGCAUUCUACCACCAUUUGUGAUACUGAAAAACAGCACUUUACUCAAAGGAAAAGGGCACUUCCAGCAUGGAUGCUGCAGACAGACGUAACAAUGCAGAACCCAUCAGCCUCAGUCCCUGAAAGAGGAGAUAGUGAAAAGAUUAAAAAAGCUCAUGGAAAAAAGAAGAUAACUGAAAAUGAAGCUGGUCUUGAAACACAGCAUGUACAGGGAACAUCGAUUAAACCUGAUGUGGAAAGAAUAGAAAAGGCUGAAAGCAGAAGUGUACCCCAAGGAACUGAAAGUUCUGCAGAGCGAUGUAACCGUCUGCUUGAGAAUGAGGAGCCUGGCCUUAACCUAGAUGUACAGACUUGCCAGUCCACUAGAACAGGAAGAACAGGGAAUCGAUUGGAGAGUAUUAACUCUAAACCUGAGUGGGAUUCUCAAGAUGAAGCAUCAGCCUCCUCUGUUCACCAGGGCGAGAUUCAAGAUCGUGCUCUGAAUCAAGCCACUGAAAGAGACGUUUCUAAUUUAGCUGGAAGUCAAGGUGUAUCACAAAGCUCAAACAUCCCCAGACAUCAGAGGACAGCUUGUCAGUAUGGGAGAAGCUGCUACAGGAAGAAUCCCAUACACUUUCAACAAUUCAGCCAUCCUGGUGAUAGCGAUUAUUAUGUCACAGAAGCUGUGAGUCAGGCUGAUACUGAUAACAGACCUGAGUGUCCUUAUGGAGUUUCUUGUUACAGGAAAAAUCCACAGCACAGGCUGGAAUACAAACAUACAGCUCCCCCAGAAUCUGAGAGAAGGCAGACAAGACCAAAGGCUGCUAAAAAAGGGAGAUGGGCUUUCUCAGAUAAAAAUGCUCAUGAUGAUGAGUCCGACGGAUGCAAUCCUAGUGACAGCUUUCUAGAUCAUGAAGAGAGCGAAAAGUGUGACUCAACUGAUGAAGAUUCUGACUGGGAUCCAGACAUUGAAGACCAGGAUAAUGAAGAUUUUGACACACUUCUGAAAGAAGCGCAGAAUUUUGCGAAAAGCAAGAAGUAGUUAAUUACAUGCUUUGAUAUAGCUAAUUAAGCUUAAAUGUACAAAUGCUAUUAAAAUACAUAAAACAUAUUGUGAUUUAUUUAAGUAUUUAAUUUCAUCCUGCACUGACUUGAUUUGAACUCUGUCAUUGUUUCUAAAUGAUUGUUGCUAUUGUGUUUCAGAUUAUUUAGAAGAUGGUUGUGAUAUAUGAUUGAUAUAAAUAUAUAUCCAUACUUGAGAGCAAAUAAGGAAAAAAUCAUAAUCUAGCCAGAAUUAAUCACUUUGAGGUUCUGUUUAAUUUAAUAGGUUAAAAUGCUUAACAUAUCCUAUUCAAAUGAACAGCUGAAAUCGGGCUGAAUUGUGCUGGUUCAGUGAACAUUUCCAAAGACAGAGGAGAUGCUAAGGUGCUCAGAGCUGCAGCACCAUGUUUAAAUACCAAAACAUUAUUAAAUUAGAUAUUGGCAUUUCAGACAAGCCGGGAAAUCAUAAUUAAACUUUUUGCCAAAGAAUUUAGAGAAAUUUGUCAACAUGAACACUUACUUUGAGGUAAAAAUAAUCCUAUGAAGCCAUAUAUUCUAUUAAAAGGGUCUCUUCCAAUUUUCA